AUGUCUGAUCAAGCCUUGUCAAAUGAAGCUUUAAAACAAAAAUUGAAAUCGAAUUUUGCCUCAAUGAUUGCAAAGGCUGCAGCUGCUGGCGAGUUAUUCAAAAAAUACAGAGAAGGUUUUGUGGCUGCCCACCCAAAUGCUAGAGCACUAUUAACAAACAGUGGCGAAUCUUUAAAAAAAUCCACUGGUUAUAUAUCUCAAAAAUACCCAAGUCUUUAUGAGGGCUACAGUAGAGUACCAAGUAAAGAAGCUAUUAGAUCUGGUAUAUCUUCAUGGUUCAAAAAAUACAAAACUUUUUGCUUACAAUACAUUUCAACUCUAUUUUCUGGUCCAAAUAGUUUCAUCAAGGUUCUUUUUACAUUCAUUGCGUCUGAGUUGAUGGAUAAUAAAAAAUUGCACGAAAGAAUUCGUAAUUCUUUCAAAUCACCAAAAACUCUCAAAGAUAAAUCUAACGACGAAACUUUAGUUUUUGCAAUUGUGAAAAAUUUUAAAAAAAAUAUUGUUGAAAAAAAUAACCAAACAGUUGCCUUUUCCAACCACAAAUAUAUACAAAAACAAAAACAAAAAAACAAUUUAAAUUUAAAUUUAACAAUGGGAUUAUCGGCACCUAAAAAUAAACAACGAUUUGGUUUAGACCCAAGAAAUACCUUCUGGUCUGAAGAUCCCAAUAGAUUUGGAAGCAAACAUUUAGAAAAAUUGGGCUGGAAACCUGGUCAGGGUUUGGGUUUGGCUAAAAACUCAAUAACAACUGUUCUUAGGACAACAAUUAAGGAUGAUAAAGUUGGUUUAGGUUCAAAACUAGCUAAAAAACUCAACAACGACGAUCCCUUUGCUAACGAUGAAUGUGCUGGUUUAGAUGUCUUUCAAAGAAUUUUAGGUAAAUUAAAUGGCAAUGAAGAUAAAAUAAAUAAAGAACUAGAUAGACAAAGCAAUGAAAAAAUAAUCAAUGGUAAAUGGGGUAUUAAUUUUAUAAAAGCUGAAACUUUAGAAAGCUCUUGGGAUGAAGAAUUAAAAAAAUUCAUCUCUUUUUCAGGAGAAGGUAAAUCAAAAAAGAGAUCAAGAGAAACAACUGAUGAUAUCAAUGGCCAAAAUGAUAUAGAAACAAAAGUAAAGAAAGUUAAAAAAGACAGAAAUUUAAAGAAAAGUGAAAAAGAUAAGAAAAGUAAAAAGGAUAAGAAGGAUAAGAAGGAUAAGAAAGAGAAAAAGGAUAAAAAAGAGAAAAAAGAGAAAAAAGAGAAAAAAGAGAAAAAACUAAACAAAGGUAAUAAUGAUGUUAAGUUAGAUAAAUCAUUAAAUGAUAAAACAUUCAAAAAUUCUACUCUAAAUUCAGAUUUUUUGGCAGGAACUCAGAGCAAAGCAAACUCGAUUAAAACUAUACCACCAAGAUUAGCUGCUCGUUCAAGGUGGAUAAAACAAAAAAGGGCUCCAAUAGAUGAAAGAUCAUUGAGAGAAAUUUUUAUGAUUUCUGCGUCUGCAAACUGA